GCCCAAGACGGCGGUGCAGCCGGCGCCCGCGCCGCCGCAGGCCCUGGCGGCCAGCUGCCCGGCCGGCGCGGGGGCCGGCAUGAUCCUCGGGCCAACUAUGCAAGGGGCGCUGCCCGCCGCCGCCGCCGCUGGACUGCCGCCGCCGCCGCCGGCCCCUGGCACCCCCACCGGGCUGCCCAAGGGCUCGGCCAGCGCGGGGCCCCAGAGCCUGCCCAGGACGCCCUCGGCCACCACCGGCGGGAUCCGGGCCACGCUGACGCCCACGGUCCUCGCCCCCCGCCUGCCGCAGCCGCCUCAGAAUCCGACCAACAUCCAGAACUUCCAGCUGCCCCCAGGUAUGGUCCUCGUGCGGAGUGAGAACGGGCAGUUGUUAAUGAUUCCUCAGCAGGCCCUGGCCCAGAUGCAGGCCCAGGCCCACGUGCAGACCCAGCCUCAGACCACCAUGGCGCCCCGCCCUGCAACCCCCACAAGUGCCCCUCCCGUCCAGAUCUCUACCGUACAGGCACCUGGGACCCCUAUUAUUGCACGGCAGGUGACCCCAACAACCAUAAUCAAGCAAGUGUCUCAGGCCCAGACGACGACGGUACAGCCCACCACGGCGCUGCAGCGCUCACCCGGAGUGCAGCCUCAGCUGGUUCUGGGUGGUGCUGCCCAGACAACUUCCCUCGGGACGGCGACGGCUGUUCAGACGGGGACACCUCAGCGAACGGUCCCAGGGGCCACUACCACCUCCACAGCUGCCACGGAAACCAUGGAAAACGUGAAGAAAUGUAAAAAUUUCCUGUCUACGUUAAUAAAGCUGGCUUCAUCCGGUAAACAGUCCACAGAGACAGCUGCUAAUGUGAAAGAACUAGUACAGAGCCUACUGGAUGGAAAAAUCGAAGCAGAAGAUUUCACUAGUAGAUUGUACCGAGAACUUAAUUCUUCACCUCAACCUUACCUUGUGCCUUUCCUGAAGAGGAGCUUGCCCGCCUUGAGACAGCUGACCCCCGACUCCGCAGCCUUCAUCCAGCAGAGCCAGCAGCAGCCGCCGCCCGCCUCGCAGGCCACCACCGCGCUCACGGCCGUGGUGCUGAGCAGCUCGGUCCAGCGCACGGCCGGGAAGACGGCAGCCACCGUGAGCAGCGCUCUCCAGCCCCCUGUCAUCAGCCUCACGCAGCCCACACAGGUUGGCGUUGGCAAGCAGGGGCAGCCCACGCCGCUGGUGAUCCAGCAGCCGCCCAAGCCCGGAGCGCUGAUCCGCCCGCCGCAGGUGACGCUGACGCAGACACCCAUGGUCGCGCUCCGGCAGCCUCAUAGCCGCAUCGUGCUCACCGCGCCCCAGCAGAUCCAGCUGAACCAGCUGCAGCCAGUCCCCGUGGUGAAGCCCGCCGUGCUACCUGGAACCAAAGCUCUCUCUGCCGUCUCGGCUCAAGCAGCUGCUGCGCAGAAAAACAAACUCAAGGAGCCUGGGGGAGGCUCAUUUCGGGACGACGAUGACAUCAAUGAUGUGGCCUCGAUGGCGGGAGUAAACCUGUCGGAAGAAAGUGCACGAAUAUUAGCCACGAACUCUGAAUUAGUGGGCACCCUGACACGGUCCUGUAAGGACGAAACCUUCCUCUUACCAGCGCCUUUACAAAGAAGAAUCUUAGAAAUAGGUAAAAAACACGGCAUCACGGAGUUGCAUCCAGACGUAGUGAGUUAUGUAUCCCACGCCACCCAGCAGAGGCUACAGAACCUUGUAGAAAAAAUAUCAGAAACGGCUCAGCAGAAGAACUUCUCUUACAAGGAUGACGACAGAUACGAGCAGGCAAGUGACGUCCGGGCUCAGCUCAAAUUUUUUGAGCAGCUCGACCAAAUUGAAAAGCAGAGGAAAGAUGAGCAGGAGAGAGAAAUCCUUAUGCGAGCGGCCAAGUCUCGAUCCAGACAAGAAGAUCCAGAACAAUUAAGGUUGAAACAGAAGGCAAAAGAGAUGCAGCAACAAGAGCUGGCUCAGAUGCGGCAGCGUGAUGCCAACCUCACCGCCCUCGCUGCCAUCGGGCCCAGGAAAAAGAGGAAAGUGGACUCCCCAGGACCGGGCUCGGGGACAGAG